CCUCCUUGUGUCUUGCAGUGUGCUGCCGUCGGCUGUCUCCUGCGUGAAGAGGGCGGCUGCCUGAGGGGACUUCCCCCCUGUCACGCUGCAGGUCCUGCUGCUCCCGGCUCUGGGCCGGGCUUGGGAUCUAGCCUGGGACAGCAACAGACUGACCAUGCAUCCUGAGCGCUGCUUGGAGCUCCUCCUCGCACACUGUGGGCGCUGGGUCCCUACCUAGGCUUCCAGAGCGCUGGGUGCACGCACACUGUUUGACCUGUCUUUGGCUAGUUUGGGGAGCUGGCGCUCUGUAUCAGCCUCUGAGACUCAUCGGUAUCAUCAUCAUCAUGGCUUCAGUGUGGAAAAGGCUGCAACGGGUGGGAAAACACGCAUCCAAGUUCCAGUUUGUGGCCUCUUACCAGGAGCUGAUGGUGGAGUGCACCAAGAAAUGGCAGCCAGAUAAGCUAGUGGUGGUUUGGACCAGAAGAAGCCGAAGGAAAUCUUCUAAGACUCAUAGUUGGCAACCUGGAAUCAAAAAUCCAUACCGGGGUGUGGUUGUAUGGCCUGUUCCAGAAAACAUUGAAAUCACUGUGACGCUUUUUAAGGAUCCCCAUGCGGAGGAAUUUGAAGACAAAGAAUGGACAUUUGUCAUAGAGAAUGAAUCGCCUUCUGGACGUAGAAAAGCGCUUGCCACCAGCAUUAUCAACAUGAAGCAAUAUGCAAGCCCCAUGCCUACACAGACAGAUGUCAAGUUAAAAUUCAAGCCUUUGUCUAAGAAAGUGGUAUCUGCCACCCUGCAGUUCUCUUUAUCAUGUAUUUUCCUGAGGGAAGGAAAAGCCACGGAUGAAGACAUGCAAAGCCUGGCUAGUUUGAUGAGUAUGAAGCAAGCUGACAUUGGAAAUUUAGAUGAUUUUGAGGAAGACAAUGAAGAAGAUGAAGAGAACAGAGUGAAUCAAGAGGAAAAGGCAGCAAAAAUUACAGAAAUUGUAAACCAGUUGAAUGCUCUGAGCAGCUUAGAUGAAGAUCAAGAUGACUGCAUAAAGCAAGCAAAUAUGCCUUCAGCUAAAUCAGCCAGUUCCUCUGAAGAGCUUAUCAACAAACUUAAUUUUUUGGAUGAGGAGGAGCAAGACUUGGCCAAUUCCAGUUCAGAUCCAUUUGGAGAUCCUGAUGCAGCAGAAUUAAACCCAUUUGGAGAUCCUGAUGCAGAAGAAUCAGAAACUAAGACAACUUCAUCUGCAAAACCAGAAGAAUCUUACUAUAAUGAAAAUUAUAAUCCCUUUAAAGAGGAUGAUGCUUCAGAGAAUUUGAAUCCAUUUGGUGAGCCAGAUCCUGAACCUGAAAUGUGUAUGAUCAUCAAAGAUUCCCCUCCACAACUUGCAAAAAGGAAGAAUGUAAGACCAGUGGACAUGAGUAAAUACCUCUAUGCAGAUACCUCUAAAACUGAAGAGGAAGAGUUAGAUGAAUCAAAUCCAUUUUAUGAACCAAAAUCGAACCCUGCUUUAAAUAAAGUUACUUCACUGCAAGAAACAGAAAAGAAGAUGAAAAGGAAGGCUCCUGCACCACCAGUCUCCUCGCCAAAGACAGAGACAGGAAUGAGUGAGAGCAUGUCAGCUAUUCCUACAGCAAAGGAGCUUUCUUCUUCUCCUAAGCUAAGCCCAAUACCAAGUCCUGUUUUGGGGAGAAAGCCAAAUGCUAGUCAGUCACUGCUUGUAUGGUGCAAAGAAGUUACAAAAAAUUAUAGAGGAGUGAAAAUCACCAAUUUUACUACAUCAUGGAGAAAUGGUUUAUCCUUUUGUGCAAUAUUACACCACUUUAGACCAGAUUUAAUUGACUACAAGUCCCUGAAUCCUCAAGAUAUUAAAGAGAACAACAAAAAGGCAUAUGAUGGGUUUGCCAGUUUAGGAAUAUCUCGAUUGCUGGAACCUUCUGACAUGGUUUUGUUAGCAAUUCCUGACAAACUGACUGUUAUGACCUAUCUCUAUCAAAUAAGGGCACAUUUCUGUGGCCAAGAACUAAAUGUCGUUCAGAUAGAGGAGAACAGUAGUAAGAGUACAUAUAAAGUGGGUAACUAUGAAACGGACACCAACAGUUCUGUUGACCAGGAAAAGUUCUAUGCAGAGCUGAAUGAUCUGAACCGAGAGCCUGACUUGCACCAACCUGACAGUGGUUUGGCAGAUUUUGUUUCUCAGGAUGACUCUGUAUUUGUAAAUGACAGUGGUGUUGGAGAAUCAGAGAGUGAGCAUCAGACACCUGAUGACCAUUUAAGUCCAAGCACGGCUUCCCCUUCUCGGAGGACUAGAAGUGACACUGAUCCACAAAAAUCCCAGCAGAGUUCUGGAAGGACUUCUGCAUCUGAAGAGGCCGGGAAAAGCAGCAAUGCAGACACAACACAACAGCCUUUGUUGGGAAGGAAGAAACUGCUGAAAGUUGACACUUUAGACUUGAGCGAUUUACCACUUGUCAGCAAUCAAAAAGAAGAUGCGUCUCCAACAGUUGUUUGUGAAGACACCGACAAGAAAAAAGAGCAGAGUUCAGACAGUACCAUUAGUUUCUCAGAGCAAGAAAAGUUGGUCCAUACAGGAUCCACAGAGAACAGAUCAGAUCCUGGCUCGCCUGUCAAAAAGCCAAGUUUAUCUCCCACUUCCAAACUUGGAUAUUCUUAUAACAGGGAUGCAGAUCUUGCAAAGAAAAAACGUGCUUCUCUAAAGCAAGCAGAGGCUGACUCUGAUACUAAUGCCAGAACAGCUUUAAAUCAUGCAGAUCAAAUUGCAAAAACUGCACAGCAACGAAUGUUGUCAAGACAGGAAGAACUUAAAGAACGAGCAAGAGUUCUGCUUGAGCAAGCAAGAAGAGAUGCAGCUUUAAAGGCGGGGAAUAAGCAGCUAACCAAUACAACUGCCUCAGCCCGUACUAAGCAACUGAGUGAUCAGCAAGAUGAAGAGCGACGUCGGCAGCUGAGAGAGAGAGCUCGUCAGCUAAUAGCAGAAGCUCGAUCUGGAGUGAAGAUGUCAGAACUUCCUAGCUACAGUGAAAUGGCUGCAGAAAAGUUGAAAGAAAGGUCAAAGGCAUCUGGAGAUGAGGAUGAGGAUGAUAAUAUUGAAAUAGAUACUAAUGAGGAAGUUCCUGAAUGCUCUGUUACAGAAGGUGGUGAUGAACUUACUAACCUAGAAAAUGACCUUGAUUCUUCUGCAGAACAAAACAGUAAGUUGGUGGAUUUGAAACUGAAGAAGCUCCUAGAAGCUCAGCCACAGGUGGCAAAUUCACUCUCCAGUGCUGCUCAGAAAGCUGUAACUGAUAGCUCAGAGAAAGACAUUAAGCAGAAUGGAACAGAAGAACAUCGUGCUGAGCGAUUACAAAAAGCAACAGAACGUUUUAGAAAUCCUGUUGUGUUUAGCAAGGACUCUACAGUCAGAAAAACUCAGCUUCAGUCUUUCAGUCAAUAUGUUGAGAACAGACCAGAGAUGAAAAGGCAGAGAUCAAUACAGGAAGAUACAAAGAGAGGAAAUGAGGAGAAGGCUGCGAUAACUGAAACUCAGAGGAAGCCAUCAGAAGAUGAAGUGCUUAAUAAAGGGUUCAAAGACACCAGUCAGUAUGUUGUAGGAGAAUUGGCAGCACUAGAGAAUGAGCAAAAGCAAAUUGACACCCGUGCCGCGCUGGUGGAGAAGCGCCUUCGCUAUCUCAUGGACACAGGAAGGAACACAGAAGAAGAGGAAGCUAUGAUGCAGGAAUGGUUCAUGUUGGUUAAUAAGAAAAAUGCCUUAAUAAGAAGAAUGAACCAGCUUUCUCUUCUGGAAAAAGAACAUGACCUAGAGAGGCGGUACGAACUGCUGAACCGGGAGCUGAGAGCAAUGCUUGCCAUUGAAGAUUGGCAAAAGACUGAAGCCCAGAAGAGGCGAGAGCAGCUUUUGCUGGAUGAACUCGUUAUUCUCGUUAAUAAACGUGAUGCGUUGGUCAGAGAUUUGGAUGCUCAAGAAAAACAGGCUGAGGAAGAAGAUGAACAUUUGGAAAGGACUCUUGAACAAAACAAAGGCAAGAUGGCCAAGAAAGAAGAGAAAUGUGUCCUUCAGUGAGUGGCCUUCCUGGAGCAGAUGCAGUUGCAUUUUGCAGUCGAGCCCUUUCUUACGUUUUUAAAAUACUGACACAAGACUGAAAAGAAAAAUCAAUGUUUUGAAAAAUUUUAAACUUUUUCCAUUUGGUUAGGCCAGCUCUAUAACUGCAUUGUUUUUUGAGUUUGGGGUUGGUUUGUUUUGGGGGAUUUU